CUGAUCGAGUCAGUAUAUCCAUCAUUUGGAUCUAACCUACGGAAAAUACUUAAUAAUAAUGACCUUGACGAAACGGAUUGCAUUCCAUACGACAUUAUGACUGGUCGUACGACGUCGGUAGUUAAAGCCUUUAAAGAAGGGUUUAACCGGGUAUUUCCCAUUGAAGUCAUGCGAGAAUAUACAGCAACAGAGUUCGCAUUAUAUUUUCUGCAUCAAGGAGGAGAUGGAGAUUGGAGUAUUGAAACACUACGGCAGUACGUCCAGCCAUACGACACAAAUACCAACAAUGAAGAAGUCGAAAAAGUAAUCCAGAUAAUGGCAGAAUAUGACACAGACAACCGAAAGCGAUUUUUAC